AUGUGUAUCGCCGUGCUGGGUGGUGUCGAUGCCGGCAAGUCAACUCUUCUCGGCGUCCUGACGGAUGGGGAUCUAGAUAACGGACGCGGAAGGGCCCGGCUCAACUUGUUUAGGCAUUUGCACGAGGUCCAGUCUGGCCGGACGAGUAGCCUGAGCACUGAGUUGCUUGGUUUCGACGAGGCUGGUCGACUUCUAAAUCAUGAAAGGGCAAGAGGUGGAGGGCUUCAGCGUAGGUCUGCAGAUGAG